AGCAUUGUGCCGAGACUUCGGAUUGCUUGCACCGUUUUCAUUUUGCUGACAUGGUGCAUGCUGCCCUUUGCCUUUGGAUGACAUAUUCCCUUUGAAGCCAGGCUGUUCACGAGCCAAGAGAGUGCUCGCACAAAGAUACUGACAAAACAGCGAGUUGACAUGGCACAAGCCCCAUGUCAAAUCAAAGAAUAACUUCUGGAGCAAAUGUAUGCCACCCCAAGCACUGUACGUACAUGUAGUAUUUGAAGGUGGAGUAUUGCAACGGUGUAUCUCAUUCAGAGAGUUGCCCUUCUUGCGGAGAUCACUGAAUUUGUGCGAGCGACUCUCAUGCACAUUGGAGAAAAAUGAAUCGACUAUGGUGGUUGGCCCAGGUUAUCCAGGCCUGUUUGGUCCUGGUCGUCAGUAGCAAAAAAGAGGGAGAAGAUAAAGCAUUUCUCCUCGAAGAACGCAAGCGUUUAGUCGAGACUCCCUGUACGGAGGCCCAUGAUCUCAACUCGGCUGUGAGCUUGAGAAGACGUGGGAAGAUCAGCGAGGCGUUGCCAUGUUUACUGGAGCACACGCUUGGAAAUCUGAAGUCUGGCUGGGCAUGGAGCAAUUUGGGCGAUGCGUAUCGCCAACUCGGAGACAAAGCCAAUGCCAAAAUUGCUUUCAAGCAAGCAUAUCGCCGAGAUAUGGGUGUGCUGCCGUACAUCCGACGCUUUGACUGGGCCGGACCCUUUCCAAUUGGAAAGCUGGAGGUUGAUGGGGACCCGGUUGCGGCGCAAUAUGGUGACGUGGUGUCGGCGUGGAGAAAUAGAUCUACGGCCACGUUCUACUCCGAGCUUGUUGGCCGGGAGCUGAGAUGGGAAGAAGUUGAUGCGGCUGGCGAUCCGGCUGGAACUGUGCGUGUGCAGCCAGAUGUUGAUUGGAAUGACUUGGUGAACGGAAUGGGCUCCAUGGGAUUAUUAGAAUGGCAGGCAUGGUUUGUCGCAGAGUUUGCCGUUAACCGUGAUGCUACCUAUGUCGUCCGCUGUUUGGAUGUCAACACUGUGUGGAUUGAUGACAAGAUGAUCAACGGCGAUGUGUACCACCGGGAACAGUUCUGGUUCUCCAUUCCAUUGGAGUCCGGUCUCCACUUGUUCCGUGUCAAACUGCGCACCAAGGCGCAACUGGGCGUUUUCCGCUGUGAAUUUGCCAUACAAGAUGGCAAUACAAUGGCUAUCCAUCAUCCUCACUUUGUACCCGAGCUACUGGCACGGCACACUCUCAACGGUCUCCUUGCUGUUCCCAUCUUCAAUCGCAACGGCAAGAAGUGGCUGGACCCAUCCACGUUUAGGAUAUCGCUGUCAGUUCAGUCCAAGGAGAUACCACUCUCAGUCAGUUUACCAGAGGAUCUGCCUCAGCUACCUAUCGCUCCUGGUCAGCUGAGCACACUGGUGGUGCAAUUGUCGAACAAGGCUGGCAGCGAACCGGGAACGGAUCUCAAUGGCUGUCCUCCACCAAAGCGUGGUCAACCUGACACCUAUGUGCAAUACAGCAUCCGCAUUGCCACCAGUGGAGUGGGCAAGACACACGAGACGCGGCUGAACAUUCGCUGCCGCAACUACACUAACUCUUUCUUGUUUACCUUCAUCGAUCAUGAUGGCUCGGUCCAGCAUGCUGCUGCCAUCCGGCCAGUCGGGGAUUGCCCAGAGUCAGGCUGCCCAGUCAUGCUCAGCAUGCACGGAACAGGUGUUACACCGGGCAAUCAGGCAGACAGUUACAAGCAUAUGGAGAACGGCGAGAUGCAGUACGGACUCGACACAGUCUGGACGCUGGCUCCCACUCGACAUGGUGCCCAUAACUGGGAAGGACCCGGUGCUCUCACCGCACUGACUGCGUUGAAGGCUUUGGCCGAGCUGGUGAAAGAUAAUCCCUGGAUUCCUCACAAAGUGGACGUGAAUCGUGUGCUAUUUGCCGGUCACUCCAUGGGCGGUCACGGUUGCUGGCACCUGGCUACUCAUUUCCCUGAUUUGGCUCUUGGCGUGUCAACAGCGGCCGGCUGGAAUACGAAGGAAGAGUAUGGUUCUUCCAACUUGUUCUUUGUGCAUGACGUCAGCUCCAGUUUCAUCGACCCAUCUGUCAAGAGAGUGCUGGAGUCCUGUAUUUCAGAAAAUGAAGUGGAUCGCCAUGUGUCCAACUUGAAGGGUGUGCCAGUACUGGCUCGUGUGGGUGCAGAUGACAGGACUGUACAUCCAUACUAUCUAAGGCGUAUGCGUCGUGCAUUGGAAGCUUCUGGUGUCCGCGUGAACUACACAGAGCUGGCUGGCAAGGACCAUUGGUGGUGGGAUACGAAAACGUCCAAUGAUGGUGGUGUAACCGGUGACGAGGAAGUGAGGAGAUUUGUGAACGAGGUCACUGCACCCAUCAAGACCCCGGUCUGCAAGGCCAAGGGCGAAAAGGGCUGCGUUGCGGCGACAUCACGCUACAGUCGCGGAUACUACCUGACCGAGAAGAUGCGGGCGCGUGGCACAUUCCUGCUGACCGUGGUCAAUCCGGCUUUCCAGGGCAGUGUGCGUGGUGUGGCAGUUGUGCAGCAGAUCCUGGCUCUCCGCCAGUCUACGGUCAAGAUCACCAUCCAGCCAGGACGCGGCUCCCUUCGUACGGUCAAUGUGCGUCGCUUGUCGUUCAGUGAGCCCGCCAUCGCACCUGCCCAGUGGUCGGGCAGGAAAGUAGACAUCGAUGGCUCUGAUGUUUCCGCUCUUAUCAAGUCGGUCACUGCUGACAAGGCAGUGCAGCUGUGCCGCCCAACUGUUUCUGAUAAAUGGGGCGAGUGCAAGGAUGCGGAAAACGAGAGGCUUGCGUCAACAAUGGGUCCUGCACGUCGUGUGGCCGAACGUCCCUUCCUCAUUGUUGUCGGAACAUCUGGCUCCAGCGAGGACACAGCAUCCCUGCACCAGGCAGCUCUCUACAUCGCCAACCUGUUUUUCCUCAUGUCGGACACUCUAGCCCCUGUUAUUCAUGAUAGCAAGCUGUCACCGGAAACUGCUGCUAAGUACAAUCUCAUCAUCGUAGGUGGUCCACAGCUGAACAGCUUUGCCGAGUCAGCUCUAUCACGUGUCCCCAUUUCCGUUGGAAAGGGCGGUAUUCAGCUGCAGCACUGCACUUACAAGAACCCGCAGUCCGGGGCACUGGUGCUGACGCCGCACGGUGCAGCAGACGGUCUGGCCCUGGUCUUGGCCGGUAACACUGUGCAGGGAGUACUGAACGUCGCCAGCCUUGCUACACCCACCAUUCCACCCAUGGCACGUUCACCGUUCUCCAAUCUCAUACCGGACUAUCUCGUAACGGGACCUGAGUUGGAUGGACGUGGCCCAGCGGGAUAUCUAUGUGCUGGUUUCUGGGGAAAUAGCUGGAACUGGCAGCCUGAACUAGCAUCAUGCACUUGUUAGGCAUGUGUGUAUGUGCGUGUGUGUAUGUGCGUGUGUGUAUGUGCGUGUGUGUGUGCGUAUAUGAUAGCACUGUUGUCCUUUUGUUUGGUUUAUGCCCCGUGUGAGCUCCCUCUCUCUCUUUGUUAGACCUGUGCCUUAUGGUAGCUAUGUACUCUACAUGUAUAUGACACUAGAAUCUUUGUCCGUGUUUGUUUGUCCCCCGUUUAAUGUAUUUUUAGCGGACACCUGCUUUUGUUAUUUUGUAUUUUGUAGGCGUAAGUCCUAUUAGGUCCUUUUGCCACUUCCUUCUGGCUCCCUUGUACAAAGGUUCACUAAUAGAAUAGUAAUAUUGGAGCAGCUAUCGUUCUGACAGUUUUAUGUGCUAUGAGAACGUGUCGUAGUAGUUCCUUUCAGCUGGUACCCAGCUGGACUGAAGUAGUUGUGAGGAAAACGUGUCAAGAUAAUAGAUUUGUAUGUUCAAUAUUAAUAUUCAAACUCAUGUGCUGUGUUGCCACUUGUACAUACUACCUAUUACUCCCAUUGCGAAUAACCGCUGUGGUAUUUACUCGAUGAAUUGCCAUUCCCUUUUGAUAUUUUUCUGAAGAUUUGCUUUUCUAUUUUAGAAAUUACAUGAUUGUAUGAUUGUUGUUUCCACUAUUUCCAGAGGAUUUUAUGCUGGCAUAUUUAUCAUGCGUUGCUAGCUGGCUGUGCACAAGUACAGGUAUAAUUAUUAUUAUGUGCUACAGUGUGUUUGUACUUGUAUUGUGUGGUCGGUGUUUUCAACGCCCAAAAAUAACAAAGCGCCCUGAUAUUUUUGUGCUACUCGGAA